UCCUGUUGCAAUCUACCACCCUUCCGUACCCGGUCAUGGCUGCUGUGGACCGUCUGACUCUGACUGCAGCAGCAAUCAGCGAUAUCUUGGACGAGGCCAGACGACUGAACGGGAACGGCGCCAUGUUCCUGCACGGAUACGGGAUCGGCCCGACGCCGGAGAAAAUUUCGAUUGCCGAAUGGCCACCGGAAACGGCGAUCAUCCGGACGCCUGAAGGCGGCGCACUAUCCAUUCCCUGCAAUAACAACCGCAAACAGGACAACACGCCGGUUUCCCACGUAAGGAUUCCGCCGGCGUACACGCACAACGGAGUGCUGGUUCUUCUUGCGAAUGACACGACAACCAGGAAAGCGUUCAAGGAAAUGAGUGACUGUUGCGCCUGCACAAUGGAAAGAGAACCGGAGGAUUACACUGCGUGGCACACUGUGCAGGCGUCCGGCUACGACCCGGUCACGGGCGCGUUCAUCCUGACGUUGGAGGGCUUCUCCAACGCCCACAGCGGUCUGUACGAGUGCCUGCACUCCAACGGCAGCCAGCUGGUGAUGACGCAGCGCUACUGGGUCAGCGCCACCCUCAAACGCCACGAGGUCUUCAGUCCGCCCAUGCAGAACGUCACCGUUCGCUAUGGCGAGCCAGCGAAGAUGGAGUGCCCGGUGCGCUUCAAGUUUCUCCCCGGAGACCUCGUCACGCGCUUCUUGUGGCGCAAGGGACGCUACGUGGCGAAUAUGCCCCCCGGCACCCCGCCGGUGAUUUAUACGGAUGCAUCACAGCCGGACUUUGAUGGGGUGGUGAGGUUUUCGUUCGGUAUCAACGCACAGAAUCAGUGCCUUUCCGCUAUGAUGAUCCCUAGGGUGAAAUGGACCGACGCCGGUUGGUACGAAUGCUGGUUCCGCAUCAACGAUCGCCUCGACGAGUAGGUUAUGCAGGGAGCCUAUCUGCAUGUUACUGGAGCCUCAUAGCCAGCAUUUUGUUAGCGCACGCUUCGGCAACUGCGUGUACAUACAUACAUCUGUGUGUGGCUACAUUUGUGGCAGUUGCAAUUUCUCCUGGAUUGGUAUAGAAAAAGAUCCUUGUUGAAAGUGCAUUUCUUUACGUUGGAAUGGU